ACGCCGCCGCGCGCUGCGUCCCCUGCGGCCGAGGCGCCCGCAGCCGAACGCGACGCGGCGCCCGCGCGCUCCCUGGGCACGCUGCUGCUGCUGCUGGCCGAGGUCCUGGGUCAGGCAGGCCUCGCCGCGCUCCAGCUGCGCGUGCUGCGCGCAGCUACGCAGCUUCCUGCGCCGCCAGCGCAUGCGGCCGCGAGGCUCUGCGAGGCAUGGCUCGCGCUCGGCGCGUACGACGCGGCCGCCGCCGUGAUCGAUGCGGGCGGCCUCCCUGCCUCGGGUGCGCGCGCGCUGCUCGUGCACGCGCAAGUGUAUGUGUGGCGCGGCGCCGUUGCACAGGCUGCGGACGCGUACGAAGCCGCGCGGGAGGCGGCUGAGUGGCAGCCUGCGACGCCGGCGUGGGACCGCCUCGCCCAGCGCGCGGCGCUCUGGGACCUGCAGGCGCGCGCCGCCGACGUCUACGUGUCGUUGUGCAUGGCGGCGGGGCAUGCGUCGAUGGCCGUGGCCGCGCAGCUGCAUGCUCUGCGGGUGCGUCUGCGAGCGGUCACGCUCCUGCGCCCGUCCGACGAGCCGGACAGCGACGUCUUCGGCGCAGCGGACGCGGCGCCCACGGCGCCGCGCGCUGCGCGCGCAUCGUCGACGACGCGACGCCUGGCGGCCUUGCAUGCGCGCCUGGCGCAUGGCUUGCACACGUGCUACGCGGCGCUCAGUGCCAUGUACGCGCGGCGCGGCGCCGUGCGCGACGCCGACGCGUUUGCGUGCGAGUGCGUCGACUUUAGUGCGGCGCGCGGUGUGCCGCUCGUGCAUGCGGCGGCCCUCGCGUGGCGCGCCGACUGGCGCGCCGCCUCAGGCGCCGCGGCGGCUGCCUGGGACGACAUCGGUGUGGCCUCGGCGCUCGUCCGCGGGCAGGCAUCGGAGGCGGCGCCGCAUCUCGCGGCGGUCGCAGCGGAGCUCCAAGGCGACGCCACCUAUGGCGCCGCGCAUGCCCAGCUCGCGCAGCUCGCCGCGGCGUGUGCGCUAGACACCGUGCUCCCCGACCUGCACAGGCGCCUCGCGUGUGGCGCGGCGCGCGCGUGUAUGGCUGCCGACGCGGAGCGCGCGCUCGCGCUCGUGGCGCCCUGGGACAGCGCGGACGCGGCGCAGGCGGUGUGUGCCGAGGCGUGGCUCGCUCGCGCGCAUGCUGCGCUCCGUGCGGAUGCCGUGUACGGCAUGCUUCCUGAGGCGGCAUGGUCCGUGCCCAGUGCGCCUGUGGGCGCCAAGCGCGCGUCCCCCGCGGCGCGCGCGGCCCUGCCGCUCUACGAGCGCGCGCGGGCCGCGGCUGAGCGGGUCCUGCAGCGCGGCGAUGUGGCGGACGUGCGCGACGUGCGAGCGGCGCUGCAGGUCGUGCGCGACGUGGUGCUGACGACGGCGAUCGUGACGCGCCCUGCGUCGGCGGAGGCGGCCGCGCAAGAGGCGCAUGCGCUGGCCGACGCCGCCGUGUCCGUGUCUGUGCGGCGCGCGCGCGCGGACGCGCAGAUGGCUGUGCCGCCCAAGGAGGCGUGGUGUCGGUGGCCGCCGCCGCCGCUGGCCGAGGCGGAGCUGGACGCAGCAGCGCUCGCACCUGGCACGGGCACGCUCGUUAUGGCCCUCUCGGCGGACCAGCGCGACCUGAUUCUCGCGCGCCAGAGCCCCGCGUACGGCACGAGCGUGUACACUGUGCCGAUUGAUCGGCAGAGCCGGCGCGAGGGCGACGACGAGGCGUGGGACGUGGACGCGGUGCUGCACGCGCUGCGCGAGCUCGUGCAGGCGUCGAACGCCGGCGUGCAGAGCGCGAAGGACGUCGGCGCCGAGCUGGACGCGCGCAAGGCGUGGUGGACCGCCCGGCGCGCGCUGGACGCGCAGCUCGCGCAGCUGCUCGAGACGGUGCAGGCGACGUGGCUGGGCGCCUUCCAGGGCCUGCUCGCGCCGCUGCCGCCGCCUGAAGCGAUCGAGGCCCUCGGCACGAAGCUGCAGGCCAUCGUCGGGCGCGCCUGUGCGUCCCGCACGCGCACGCGCGGGCCGAGGUCGGCGCCGGCGCUGCCGCGCAUGUCGAUUGCGUGCCUGGCCGCUGUGCCCGCAUACCGUGACGAAGAUCUCGAGGACUGGGUGCACUAUGCGAUGGAUGCGCUGCAGCUGAGUGGUGUGCCGGUGGCGCAGGACGAGGUCGAUGUGGACGAGCUCGUGGCCGAUGCGCGGCUCGCGCUCGACGAGUUCCAUGCGCGGAACUCGCCGGGCGACGCGACAGCCCCGGGCGAGUCGCACCUGUGUCUCGUCCUGGACCGGGGGCUGUGUGAGCUGCCGUGGGAGUCGCUGCCUGUGCUGCGGUCGCGCUCCGUGACGCGGCUCACCGGCCUGGCGCUCGUGCCGGCCACCCGCACUCUAGAUCGGGCGCGCACCACGUUCCUGCUGAAUCCCAGUGGGGACCUCGUGCGCAGCGAGGCGCGGUUCGCGCCGGCGCUGCGUGCGGAGCCGACGUGGCGCGGCACGGUCGGCCAUGCGCCGGUGGCCGGGCAGGUCGCGCAGAGUCUCGCGACCAGCGACACGUUCCUGUACGUGGGCCAUGCGGGCGCCGAGAUGUACGUGCACCCGGCCAAGCUGCGUGAGCUGCCGCAGUGUGCGGCGGCCAUGCUGUGGGGCUGCUCGAGCGGCGCGCUCACGGCGCACGGCGCAUACGACCCCGUCGGCACGCCGUACCACUAUGCAGUCGCGCAGUGCCCGGCGCUGCUCGCGGCCCUCUGGGACACGACGGAUCGCGAGCUGGACGGCGUGUGCGAGGUUGUGCUGCGCCUCGUGGGCCUGCUGCCCGGCGCGGCGCGCAGCCAGUGGCUUUCGCUGCCGCGCGCCGUGGCGGCGGCACGCACAGAGUGCAAGCUGCCGUACCUGACGGGCGCGGCGUGCGUCGUGUACGGGGCACCCGUGUGCUGGCGCUAG